AUGUUACAGGUUUUAUUUCGACCCAAAGACCAAGGAGAGUUUUCGGCUGUGGUUGAAAUUUUUACUCUGAGUUUGACAAGACAGCAGGACAACAGAACUUACACAUUGCUGCUGUCAGCCUAUGGAGAGUUUCCAUGCCUCCAGGUAAAAAAAAAAAGGUUUUGUUUAAAGUAAACAUUUUGUUUCUGUUAACCACCAUGAGUUAUCCAUAUUUACUGUCAUUAUGUUGGUUUCUGUUAUCCACUAUGAGGAAUCCAUAACUCAAAUUUAUCUCUACAUGGCCAGGAUGUUUUUUCCCUCCAACUCACCUUGUGGUAUAUGACUACAAGCUUACCCAAUCUCCAUGUCCCUCUCUUUCCCUUUCUCUCUAUCUCUCUGCAGACUGUAACUUUGAUGUUAAAUCUUAUUAUUCCUCUGACACCUGGCAUUGAUGCUAUGAAGUCUUAUCAAAUUGAAUGAUGCCUAUCAUUACAGAUAUCACCUUCUGAUGAUGAGUUAAACUUUGGAGAGUUACUAUGGGGUCACACAGCCUGUCGAAGUAUUAAAAUAAAGAAUACAGGUCGUGCCACGGUUCCACUGAGAUUUUCAAUAUUUAGGGUACGCCAAGUUUCUUCUUUUUAAAAAAAAAAUCCUUUUCAUUGUUACGUUUAAAAGAAUUUCCAGCAUAAAGAAGAAAUUAGUCAAUAAAUCAUAUCUGUUUUGUUUCUUUCCCUUAGAAAGAUGCAGGGUCUGUACUCUGCAAUUUUUCCUUCCAUGAGACAGACGGCCCAGCCAACUUAUCAAUGAUCUCCCACACUACAAGGCCUGCAGCUGUCGGAACUGUCCUGUCCAUGUCACUGCCGGGGGUCAAGGAAGGG